AUGGAUGCUGAACGAGUGAGUCUGUGGCGUGGGGCCCGAACCGUCAAUCUCAGGCACACGGACCUGACAAUAACCAACAUUUCCCGGAUUUUUAAGCUGAUCCCAUCCAGUAUUUAUCUGGUGAAGGACAGCGGCGAUGUCCUGCUGCUGAGCCCCACAGGCUAUAUCGAUGAUUUCGAUGAUUUACAUCGAUGUGAGGUCCGUGGGGACGAAGAUCGGUCCGCUUUUCAAGUGACUCCUGCACGGGUGGACAUGCUUACAGUGCAUGCAAUGAAAAAAAAUGUCACUCUUCAUCAGGCCCUUUCCACAAGAUAUGUGAAGACCUGUCAGAGACUCACUGAUGAGACUGCAAGGCCAGGGGAACUACAAACCCAGCUACAGUGCUCGGAUGAGACAGUGUCACAGUGGACCUCAGAUGUGAAGGAAUGGGCAGCUGAUGAGAUGCCAAAGACAUCUGAUAGCACUGAGGACACCGCAAACACUGGCCUUCAGCAGUCUAUCGAGGGCCGUUACCUGAGUGUGACACAGCGGAAGCAAACCCUCUACCGUCAGAAUGGUAAUAUCAUAAUCAAGAAGCAGCUGCACGAUCAAGUGAUGUUGACAAUGCGACUGCGAGAAGAAAAAAAUGUUUUGGUGUUGGAGAUGGCACAACACUGCACAUGGUUGCAGAACGUGGCAGUGGUUCUCAAGAACAGGGUGGCUGAGGAGGGCACGGGAAGUGAAGGACUUCGCUGUAUCCUACGACGGAGGAUACAGCGAAGACAGCAACACUUUCAGAGGUGUUGA